GCGUUUGGGGUGACUGAGGAGGGCCCGGAAGCCGGAGCUUGGCCGCUGACGCGCAGAGCCGCUUCCUCAGCGGGUGGGGGGGAGCCGGUCCCCUGCCCAUCCCGCCGCAGGGAUGAGGCGCGCUGGGCUGGGUGAAGGAGUAGCUACUGGUAACUAUGGCUAUACCAAUAGUGGGUAUAGUGUACACGAAGAAGAAAAUGAAAGGUUAACUGAAAGUCUGCGUACAAAAGUCUCUGCCAUAAAAUCACUUUCCAUUGAAAUUGGAACAGAAGUUAAAAAUCAGAAUAAAAUGUUAUCCGACAUGGACUCUGACUUUGAUUCUACAGGUGGAUUUCUAGAUGCGACUAUAGGCAGACUGAAAACACUCUCCAGAGGGAGCCAGACAAAACUAUUGUGCUACAUGAUGCUCUUUGCACUCUUUGUCUUUUUUGUAAUUUACUGGAUUAUUAAACUGAGAUGAUGCAAAUUAUAUCCAGUUUUUUUGUGCCACUUCAACAGAAUUACAAAAUGGUCUUAAUUUGUGAGGACAGACCUUAAAUUUACAUACUCUGUUGAUAAAUAUGGUUAAAUGGUUAUUGUAAAUUAUAUUAGAUAUCAGUGCAUUUGUUAUGUAUAUUUUGUCUUGAUGUUUACCAUUCCAGAAGCUUUCUUAUCAUAUCCCCUGUUUUCUGGGGUUAACAAAUGUUAUCUACUACCUUGUGCAUAUUUACAUCUUGGCUCAAGUUACUCUUGGGGAAAUAUCUUUGGAAAUGCAAAACAAACGAACAAAAAUUAAAAACAUGCCCUGCCAGGACAAAAUUUGAACCUUUAACUUUGAAUUUCCUUUAAUGGGUUUCACUUUUUUAAUAAAGUAGUAAAAAAAAAUUAUAAACAAAAUUAGGGCCUGAUCCUGAGCAAGGACCUUAGGAUCAGGCUUGUAGCAAUUUGCAGAUUAUAGAAGUAUGAAAAAGGCUUGUGCUUUUUUAAAACAGAGUUAUUGUAACAUAGAUUAAACCACCUGAAACUACAAGUACAGUACUGUCAUACUUGUAAUGCUUUGGGUCGGGGUUGGCAAGUUUCUAUAAGUAUCAUGGCUUAGAAUUUAAAAAUGAAAUAAAAAAAAAAACACCUUGCAGUUUAAGGAGGAAUUAACUGACCUAAACUGGAAGAACGUUGGUUAAUUUUAAUUUGAGACCAAGUAAUGCUAAGGGCUGGUCUACGCUGGGAACUUACAGCAAGAUAGCUAUGUUUCUCAGAGGUGUGGAAAAAUCUUCAUCCCUGAGACACAUAGCUAUGCAAACCUAACCUCUGCUAUAGACAGCAUUAGGUGGAUGGAAGCAUUCUUCUGUUGACCUAGCUUCCACCUCUUGGGGAGGUAGAUUACCUAUGCUGACAGGAGAACCCCAUAGCGGUGCAUAGGUAAUGUCCACGCUGAAGUGCUAUAGUGGUGCAGAUCAAGGAACAUUGCACAUGUAGACAAGCCCUAAGAUGUAUUCAGUAUAAUCAAAUGCCUUUUGAUAGUUUGGGGAACCAGCAUGGACAAGAUGCAAAUAUUUGCAUAGCAUCUUUCCAUUACAUUUUAUAUUUAAGUGCUUAAAAUUUACUGAUUCUAUUGAAUCACUGGGGUUUUUACCCUUCGUACAUUUCUGUCAGUUAAUGACCUCUUAAAGCUACUUAGCAUUAUCUUGAAAUGUGAAACCAGAUUUAUAAGCUCUUAUACUGGAGAGUAUUAUGAUGCAAGAUAGCACUAAUUACCUCUUUUGUUAGAGGUACUUUUAUUUAUUAAGAUUAAGCCUUAGUUUUGGUUAUUCAUAAAGAUAAAUUGUUGACUAGCAAUUAUUACACUGUUAAAUGUAGCACACAAAAUAGAAACCAUUUUCUAGAGAUUGAAGUGUUAUCGAAAAGAAAACUAUGCCUUGCCUAAAUUUUCUAGACUCACUAUUAAUGCAAUAUGUUGCCAUGACUUGUAGUACUCUACCCCAUUACAAAGUGUAAAAAAUAAAGCAUGUCUGUGGUAUAUUUCUUAGGCAUAUGGAUUUGUUCCUGAAAAUAGAUGGCAGGUUUGUUCCAUCUUAUGUAAUUUUUCCUCGCAUAAAAUACGAAGAAGUUUUUCAAAAGUGCUGAUUUUAAAAUAAUGUUAGAAUCCGUAUUAAAUAUUUUAAACAGCAGCAUUUAAUGAUGUAACUGCUCUUGCUUGGAAAACAAAUAACUUAAACAGCUGGUUAACUGAGGUGCAUUCUGAAUAUUUAAGUAUCAUACUAGUAUUAGUCUGGCGGGAAGUUACUUUUAUCAGGGCCGGCUCUAACUUUUUUGCCGCCCCAGGCAAAAAAGAAGAGCGCCUCUCCACCGUAACACCCCCCCCCCCAGCACUGCGCGGGGCCGCCCAACCCCCCGCCCUGAGCGCUGCGCUGGGCUGGGCCGGCCAAACUCCCUGAGUGCUGCACCGUGCCACCGAAGCCCUCGCCCCCCCCACCAGUGCAGCGCCGCCAAAACACCCCUGCGCUGCCCGGCUGAAACAAAAACAAAAAACGUUUUUUAUCCCUCGAGCGCCCCCGACCACCCCAACAUUGGCCAACCUUUCUGAGGUGCCGCCUCAAGCACGUGCUUGGUCGGCUGGUGCCUAGAGCCGGCCCUGACUUUUAUAAUCCAUAUUUGGCAACUUGAUUGUGUUUUUCUUAUCUACCAUGUCUGAAGUAACCUAAUUCUAGAUAGUCUGCAAAAGAAUUCAUCUACUAUAGUUUAAGUAGACUUGAACAUUUUUUGUUGUCAUACUUCUAAAAAAAAUUGACACAAACAAAAUGUGCUUGAAAUACUGACUCUUAUGUAACACAUCCUCCUCCUUUAAAGGAUUGCUGUUUAUAUCACUGUAGGUAUAUUGCAAUGGGCCUCUGUCCAAGGAACCCUCCAUUUUUAACAUAAAUCUGCCUUCAGGAAUUAAAGUACACUCACUAUUCCAGU